UCUUCGCCUGCGGAUUUAUGAAGGCACCAACUUUACUUCAUCAAACUUUGUUUGUUGUGAACAGGCGCUUUAAUAUAUCCGCUCCCCCUAAGAAAAACAACUGUGGUCCAUUUAGCUGCAGAAAGAAUUGACUGACGAAACUUUAAAACAGCUCACUAAAAAAAGGAAAUUCAUUUUAAUUUGCCUUCUUUUAAACAAGAAAGAACGGCGAGGCGGAUUCUGUCUUACAAAUAAUCAGGCUCUGAUUAAUGCACAAUUGUUUCCAGCUAAUUUGAAAAGCUUUUCGAAGCCGCACCUUCCUUCAGCCAAACGACAAGAAAACCGGAAUUUGCCCUGUCUCUCUCUCUGUGGAGAAACUAUAAUCCACUAGCAAGUCUUAAAAAGUCGCCCAUCAUAUUCCAUCUUAACUGUUUGCUGGACGUGUUGACAGCGACGCAGAAUGCCUCAUAAAGAGGGAAGACUUUAACUAGUAUCAAACAGAUGCCUGUGGUCACAGGCUGUCAACACAGGUUUCAGAACACACUAAACAAGCCACGUGGGACUCUGGUGUAACAGUUCAACAUGCAGAACAGUCACAGUGGAGUGAACCAGCUCGGCGGAGUGUUUGUUAAUGGUCGACCAUUGCCUGACUCGACGAGACAGAAAAUUGUGGAACUUGCUCAUAGCGGAGCCAGGCCCUGCGAUAUAUCAAGGAUUCUCCAGACCCAUGCUGAUGCAAAAGUCCAAGUAGUGGAUAAUCGAAAAGUGUCUAACGGCUGUGUCAGCAAAAUCCUGGGCAGGUAUUAUGAAACUGGAUCCAUCAGACCCAGGGCAAUCGGAGGGAGUAAACCAAGGGUAGCCACUCCUGAGGUUGUGUCCAAGAUCGCUCAGUACAAACGCGAGUGCCCGUCGAUCUUUGCUUGGGAAAUUCGAGACAGAUUGCUCUCUGAGGGGGUCUGUACUAACGACAAUAUACCAAGUGUGUCAUCGAUUAACCGAGUCCUUCGCAACCUGGCUAGCGAAAAGCAACAGAUGGGAGCAGAUGGGAUGUAUGAUAAGCUGAGGAUGCUGAACGGUCAGACAGGUGCAUGGGGUACCCGGCCAGGCUGGUAUCCGGGCAGUUCGGUGCCAGGACAGCCCAACCAAGAUGGCUGUCAGCAACAGGAGGGAGGCGGUGAAAAUACAAACUCCAUCAACUCAAACAGCGACGAUUCAGACGAAGCACAGAUGAGGCUCCAACUCAAAAGGAAACUGCAGAGAAACAGAACAUCUUUCACUCAGGAGCAGAUCGAGGCCCUGGAGAAAGAAUUCGAAAGAACUCAUUAUCCUGAUGUGUUUGCCAGAGAACGGUUGGCGGCCAAAAUAGAUCUCCCGGAAGCUAGGAUACAGGUUUGGUUUUCCAACAGAAGAGCAAAGUGGAGGCGGGAGGAAAAACUGAGGAACCAGAGACGACAAGCUAGCAAUACCCCGAGCCACAUCCCCAUUAGCAGCAGCUUCAGUACCAGUGUUUAUCAGCCCAUCCCACAGCCCACAACUCCCGUUUCCUCUUUUGCCACAGGUGCAAUGCUGGGUCGGGCAGACACAUCCCUUACAAACACUUACAGCGCGCUCCCACCGAUGCCCAGUUUCAGCAUGGCAAACAACCUGUCUAUGCAAUCGCCAGUGUCCAGCCAAACGCCGUCUUAUUCCUGUAUGCUGCCCAACAGUCCGUCAGUUAAUGGACGCAGUUAUGACACGUACACGCCGCCUCAUAUGCAGUCACAUAUGAACCCUCAGUCCAUGGGCACCUCGGGGGCCACAUCCACAGGACUUAUCUCCCCUGGAGUGUCUGUACCUGUUCAAGUGCCAGGAAGCGAACCGGACAUGUCUCAGUACUGGCCCCGAUUGCAGUAAAAAGGCAGUGUGGAAAGAGACUGUGGAGAGUCAGAUGCCCAGCAGUAUUUGUUUCUGAGAGGAAACUCUGAAGGUAUCUUUGUUCUGGGACUGCGCCCGUUACGUUCACUUUGAGAAGACCCACGUGGACUUGUGUGGUGCCUGGCGUGUGAAGUCAACGGAACAAAACGUUCUUUUCCCCCUCCCCCACUGAAAUUCUUCACUCGGUGUAUUAUUUGUAAAUGGGCAUUUCUGUAUGUUUAAAACAAGAACAACUAGACUCGAUGGAUAUUUGAUACACGUUGGCCAUGGGAUGAUUACAAGACAUCAAUGGUCAACAUAGCGGCCAUCAGUUAGGCAAUAUCGAGUGCUUCUACCGCUACAUUUCUAGAUUUAUGGACUUUGAUGUUACCAACUUGUACCAUUGCAUUACACUAAAUUUUAUUUUAGGGGCGGGAGGGGGGUGGGGGUGGGGGAAGGGAAGCCAACUUAGUUGUGUUAAAAGCGAACUAUAUCUGUUUUGGUUCGCCCAAGGUCGUUGACAGAUAAGUUUAUGUGCAAAGGUAACAGAACUUCAAGGAAGUGGACAAUUUGGUAGAUAAAGGUAGAUUGUGUCUUCGAUAUAAUCCAAUUUGUUAUGUCGAAAUGUAAGUAUUUGUCUUCCCUAGAAAUCUCCCGGAAUGAUUUCUAUAAUAAAGUUAAUUUCAUUUAUAUUCACCCGAAUACGCUAGAGAUGAUUUAUAUUCCACCCAUGCAUCAUUAUAGCCAACAGCGUUCUAUUUUUCUUCCUUAACUCCGUGCAAGCUAAUUGUUCUGAUAUUUGUAUAUAGGUAGCUGCCACGUUCAAACUUUUAUUUCUCGUGAAAGUGAAACGAUGUUUCAGACAAAAUUAAACUGGUUAUCAAGAGUUUUAAAACAUUAAGUGUUUCAGUUAUGUUCGAUUGCAUAUCAAAGCUUCAGUCAAGAAUGAUGUCCACGAUAUACCAAAGCAUACUUUUCAGUUACUACUUGCCUGUUUUAAAACACAGUAUUGUGUUCAUUUAUUUUGUCAAUAAAUUCAGAGGGAGUUAGUCUUUGGGUUUAUGGCGAUCCAAUCGCUUACGUUUUUUUAAAAACUACCUUUACCUGUUUAUGCGGCUUAAUUUUUAAGUGGAAAAGUAAAAUAAACGCUAUGUUAUGGAUGUAUCAUGGAAUUCCUAAAAUGAUCUUACAUGUCAACAUUAGACUUUUAAUCAUUCUUGGAUGGGUGAGUUGAUAAAUGUAACUGGUGAUAUUCACGUUUCGAUGCAGUAAGCAUUUUUUAAAAAGUUCUGGCUUAAACACUGUAAUUUUUGCUGUUUACACAGAGUACAGCUACUAGCAGAAACAAAAAAAACUUGUAAAAAUGUACAUAUUUUGUACAAGUAUUAAAAUGUCGAUUGGAGGGUAACACCCCUAAAUUAUCAA